AUGGCUCCUGGAGAGAAGAUCAAAGCCAAAAUCAGGAAGAAUCUGCCCAUGACGGGACCCCAGGCGCCUACUAUUAAAGAGCUGAUGCAGUGGUACUGCCUUAACACCAACACUCACGGCUGCCGCCGCAUUGUGGUGUCCCGCGGCCGCCUCCGCCGCCUGCUUUGGAUCCUGUUCACGCUGACAGCCGUAGCUCUCAUUUUCUGGCAGUGUGCCCUCCUCAUCCUCUCCUUCUACACCGUCUCGGUCUCCAUCAAAGUACACUUCCAGAAGCUGGAUUUUCCUGCUGUCACCAUCUGCAACAUCAACCCAUACAAGUACAGCGCGGUAAGGGAUAUUCUAUCUGACUUGGAACAGGAGACCAGGGAUGCCUUGAAGACCCUUUAUGGCUUUUCUGAGAUGAAGUCUCGAAAGCGAAGAGAGGCCGAGUCCUGGAGUUCAGCCUGGGAGGGCACACGGCCCAAAUUCAUCAACUUAGUCCCACUACUGUUCUUCGAUGAGCAUGCGACGGGCAAGGUGGCCAGGGACUUUGUCACAGGGCGGAAGCGGAAAGUCAGCGGAAGUAUAGUUCACAAGGCUUCUGACAUCAUGCAUGUCCACCAGUCCAACCAGGUGGUGGGAUUUAAAUUGUGUUCAAAUGACACGUCUGACUGUGCCACCUACACCUUCAGCUCGGGGGUCAAUGCCAUUCAGGAGUGGUAUAAACUGCACUACAUGAACAUCAUGGCACAGGUGCCUCUGGAGAAGAAAAUCAACAUGAGCUAUUCUGCUGAGGAGCUGCUGGUCACCUGCUUCUUUGAUGGGGUGUCCUGUGAUGCCAGGAACUUCACACUUUUCCAUCAUCCGAUGUAUGGGAAUUGCUACACGUUCAACAAUCGAGUCAAUGAGACCAUUCUCAGCACUUCCAUGGGGGGCAGUGAAUAUGGACUGCAAGUCAUCUUGUACAUAAACGAAGAGGAAUAUAACCCCUUCCUGGUGUCCUCCACGGGGGCCAAGGUGAUUGUCCAUCAGCAGGAUGAAUAUCCCUUCAUUGAGGAUGUGGGGACAGAGAUUGAGACAGCAAUGGCCACCUCCAUAGGAAUGCAUCUGACCGAGUCCUUCAAGCUGAGUAAACCUUACAGCCAGUGCACAGAGGACGGGAAGGAUGUGCUGGUCACGAACAUCUAUAAUGCUGCCUACUCUCUCCAGAUCUGCCUUCAUUCCUGCUUCCAAACAAAGAUGGUGGAGAAAUGUGGGUGUGCCCAGUACAGCCAGCCUCUACCUAAGGGAGCCAACUACUGCAACUACCAGCAGCAUUCCAACUGGAUGUAUUGCUACUACAAACUACAGCAGGCCUUUGUUCGGGAAGAGCUGGGCUGCCAGGCAGUGUGCCGGGAGGCCUGCAGCUUUAAAGAGUGGACACUGACCACCAGCUUGGCACAGUGGCCAUCUGUGGUUUCAGAGGAGUGGUUGCUAUCUGUUCUCACUUGGGAUCAAGGCCAACAAAUAAACAAAAAACUGAACAAGACAGACUUGGCCAAACUGUUGAUAUUCUACAAAGACCUGAACCACAGAUCCGUCGUGGAGAACCCAGACAACACAAUCCCGAGCCUUCUGUCAAACUUUGGUGGCCAGCUUGGCCUGUGGUUGAGCUGCUCCAUCGUCUGCGUAAUUGAGAUCUUCGAGGUCUUCUUCAUAGACUCCCUGUCAAUCCUCACCCGUUGCUGGUGGCAGAAAACCAAGGAGUGGUGGGCCCGGAAGCAGUCACCCCGCUGCCCUGAGGCCUCCCUCAGCCGCCGGGGACAGGACAACCCAGCCAUUGAUAUAGAUGAAGACCCACCAACUUUCACCUCAGCAUUGCGCCUGCCUCCAGCCCCAGGGACCAAGAUGCCUGGCACACCACCCCCCAGAUACAACACCCUGCGUUUAGAGAAAGCCUUUUCCAACCAGCUCACAGACACCCAGGUGCCCGAUGAGUCCUGA